AUGGCCGGCCUGAUUGUUCAGAAAUUCUUGAAGACCUAGAAAAAAUUAUCCAACAGAGCAAAUCCUUUAAGUUUGAAGACAAUGAAAUCAAAAAUACAACUAAAACCAAAAAUACUACCUCAAAAUUCGAAUUACAUUUCAACUUCAAUGAUUGUGAAUUGAAUAUUGAUGAUCUAGAAAAACAAGCAAAAUUACAAAUUCAAUUUAUUAAUAAUCUUGGUCUAAAUAAGGGAAGGAAUUUAGAUAAAUUCGAUAUUGCUUUUGGGAUAAAAACAAUACUUGGUGAACUUGGUGCAUUAGAAGUAAAAAGGUUGAGGAAUCAAGAACCAAUAAUUAUUAUUCCAAUAAAAGAUUUGAAUAUUACGGACGAUAUUCCCCCGGAAUACGAUAUUGUAAGAUUGCAUUUCCCAACUGCUUCUGUAAGCUAUAAGGGUGAUGUGAAUGAACAAUUUAUUCAAGAAAUCAAAACCGUAUUAGAUAGUUCUAAUGAUGAUGAGAAAAAAAAAAGCACCGUUAAGAAAGAUAUUUAA